GCCACGCAUGGACGCGUCCGCACUGGAUCCCGCCCUCCUGCAACACUCGAUCCCGCAGCAAAUACCUAUGACGCGCGAUCUGAGGAAAGCAAAGCCAUCUCUGCAAAAUUUGUCCCCGAUCUCUUCUCUCUCUCUCUCUCUCUCUGGUUUAUGCUCAGGGAGAGAACGGAAGUAGACGCGCGAUUCGGGAUGGGACUCCAUAGCUUGAGCCGGAGGUUGAAUGGGUUCUACCGCUGCGUCGCGUUGGUUUUUCUGUUGAUGUCGGGUUCCGUGUGGGCGAGAUCCGAGAAGGAAAUAAGGGAGAGGUUCUACGGCAAUCUCGUGAACUCGAGCGCCCCGGAAUUGGGGGAGGGGAGUAUUGCUCAAAUGUUCGAUCGGGUUCUGGAGAAGGAGUUCUCCGAGAACGAACAGCCUGAAGGUACUGAAGGAAGCAGCUUCAACGACAGCGUAGCUGGUCAGCAAGCAGUACUGGAGACUGUAGCUAAAAUCACUCAUGACAAGACCAAAAGAAAUGACACAGGAGAGGCAAAUGGCACAAAACCGUUCCAGUUACAAGAUGUGUUUACCCUUGAAAAUGAAGAUUCUGAUGACAGUACAACCUUGAUUGACAAUAAGGACAAUGAGUUUGUAAUGUCAAACAAAAAAUCCAAAUAUCCAAUACUUCAAGUCGAUUUGAGAUUGAUCUCAGAUUUGGUGGUCGCCAUAGUUUCUGCAGCCAUUGGUGGAAUUGUCAGUUCCUGUCUCGGUCAACCGGUGAUUGUUGGCUAUCUUCUUGCGGGUUCAAUAAUUGGACCAGGGGGUCUCAAAUUUAUCCAUGAAAUGGUUCAGGUUGAGACUGUGGCACAGUUUGGUGUUGUCUUCCUCCUUUUCGCUUUAGGACUGGAAUUUUCUUUAACAAAGUUAAAAGCUGUGGGGCCAGUUGCGGUGCUUGGAGGGCUACUGCAGGUUGUGAUCUUUAUGUUUUUCUGCGGAACAAGUGCUAUGCUCUGUGGAGCAAAGCUAUCUGAGGGUGUAUUUGUUGGUGCUUUCCUCUCAAUGUCAUCAACUGCAGUGGUAGUAAAAUUUCUGGUGGAACGGAAUAAUAGUAACGCUCUACAUGGUCAAGUCACGAUAGGAACAUUAAUAUUUCAGGAUUGUGCUGUCGGUUUGCUAUUUGCUUUGCUGCCAGUUUUGGGUGGUAAUAGUGGAAUGCUUCUUGGAAUGAUCUCCAUGGGGAAACUGCUUCUGGUCUUGUCCAUAUAUCUCUUUGCGGCAUCUGUUCUCUCUUGGUCCUUCGUCCCCCGCUUUCUGAAGCUAAUGGUCCAAUUAUCAUCCCAUACAAAUGAACUGUAUCAGCUUGCCGCUGUCGCUUUCUGCUUGUUAUCUGCAUGGUGCAGCGAUAAGCUGGGACUCAGCCUUGAGCUAGGUUCAUUUGUGGCUGGAGUUAUGAUCUCUACUACCGACUUUGCACAACAUACUCUUGACCAGGUGGAACCUAUUCGGAAUCUAUUUGCAGCCCUCUUCCUCUCUAGCAUCGGGAUGCUCAUACAUGUUCAUUUCCUCUGGAAUCACGUCGAUAUAUUGUUGGCCGCUGUUAUGCUGGUCAUAGUUGUUAAGACAGCUGUUGUAACACUGGUCACCAAGGCCUUUGGGUAUAACAUCAAGACAUCAUUUCUUGUUGGAGUGUCGCUCGCACAAAUUGGAGAGUUUGCCUUCGUUCUCCUGAGCCGCGCCUCAAAUCUUCAUCUUGUUGAGGGGAAGAUGUAUCUUCUUCUUCUCGGGACGACAGCCCUUAGUCUGGUCACAACUCCUCUCUUGUUCAAGCUGAUCCCUGCUGUCGUGAACUUGGGAGUACUCAUGCACUGGUUUCCAUCGGAAAGCUCCAUACCAAAUGAGGAGAAGGUUUCGAUGAUUGAGGUGCACAACAGAUUACUCUGAAGAGGUGGGAGGGAUCUCAACGAAUUGUGAAUACAUAGUGGAUUCCUUCAUUUCCUCUUACCGCGUUCCCGCUGCCGAUUCCAUUCUUUGAGAUUCUACAUAUUAUACCGUUUAACUGCUAAGCUAAGCAAGCCAAGCCUGAGCGAUGCAAAAGUUCUACUUAGUUGUACCCAGCACUCCUUAGCUCAAACAUCUCUGAUGUACAUAUCUAGACACGAUCUUCACGGCACGUCCUGAAUCAUUGUGUAUAUUCUCCAAGCCAGUAAGAGUGUCCUCAGUAGAUAACUCUGCGACACUCAUCCUGCUAGCAUUUCUCAUGCCACGAUCAUACUUGUGGACAUUUGGAUUUCUUCAUGGUUUCAUCAACUAGCCCUGCUGUGUUUCUCUGGGUCCAAAUCCAUGUCGUUCUCUUUUAUAACAAUUUUGUUUCCCAUUUAGGGGAUUAUUCGGAAGAUGUAUCGCUUGGUCGAACAUCGCUGGGAUCUGAAUAUAUAUAUUUCUUAGCACAUGACAUCAAAAGAAAAUGAGAUGUUCUUAUA